GUCAUGACCCAUAAGUCGGUGGUUCUCACGGCGGAUCUUCGCCCAUAAAAUUCUCAAGUCAAGUAAAUUGUACAAAGAAGAGAAGUAUUUGAAUUCCCAAAUUCAGAGUACAAAUUAGCUUCGACUUCCAUUUCCAUGGCGGCAAUUGCUUCGGCGCCUCCAUGGAACCCCGAGGACGACCUUCUCCUCAAGAACGCCGUUGAGGCAGGUGCUUCGCUUGAAGCGCUUGCCAAAGGCGCGGUACGAUUCUCCCGAAAAUUCACCGUCCGAGAGUUGCGUGAGCGAUGGCUUUCUCUCCUCUACGACGCUGAGGUUUCGGCUCAAGCUUCUGCGCGCAUGUCCGAGUUUGAGCUCUCUAAUCCUACUGUUUCCACGAAGCCUGGUAGAUUUGGAGUUUCCAAAGGAGGAGGAAGCGUCGGAGCUGGUUCUCCCGCGAAACGACGAGUCGAAAGCGUUCGGAAGCAGUAUUACGAGAUGCGUAAGAGAUUGUGCUCUUUCAACACUUUCGAUUUUGGUUUCAUUGACGAACCUAAUGAUACUGAUGAGAAUGUGAAUAGUGGAAAUGAUCUUUUGGAUGGAAGUUAUGUGGUUGGACAUCGUGUCAAAAACUAUUUUGAAUUUACAGCUAAUAAUUCUUCGCUUUUAGAUAAUCGUCAAAAGGAUCUGUGUUUGUCGACUAAUGGAUCAGUAAAAGAUAAUAACAAGCAUAAUAUUGAUGGCGAGAAAAAUUUAGUUAGAUCAGGGGAUGGUUUGGUUGAUUUUAGGAAUUGCUCAAGUGCGGUGGAGGCGGGGACAUCUCAUGUGCUACCAGAUGUGCCUCUUUGGAAGACAAUGGAAGACGUCAUGGUACCAGAGAUGCCGAUUGAUGUCAGCCUCGAGGUUAAUUGUCAGGAAGCUGAACAUAAAUUGAUAUGUGAUGAGGGCGAUAAAAGGCCUUCUCCCGGAUAUAAUGUUGACCGCGCAGGUUUCAUGUUGGAAGAGAGACUUCCUGGUGAGGAACUAAACAGGACGGUUGCCAUCUCAGGAGAUGAUUUUGGUGAUAUUUCAGAUUCGCUCUUGAACUUUGCAAAUGAGAAUGAACCUCUUGCCAUGGAUGUAGACGGAGAGAACAUGAAUUUCAACCAUUAUAAGUCAGUUCUGUUGACUUCUCCCAAAGAUGGGCUUGAAAAGGAUGUAAAGAGUGUCUGUCAACCAGAAAAUCUAGAUCCAAAAGCAUUCCCUGUUGUCUCUGAAGAUGUCUUUAAUGCAGAGAGGAAAAUCUCUUCUGACCUGCUUCACUCUGGUGAGAGCAAUCAUCAGCAUAGCAUUUGUGGUUCCGAAACCAAUAUUCCAUCAAUUAGGUUAGUACCAAGUCCUCAUUCUCCUGAACUUCAUUACGAAAUGAUGGUGUGCACAUUGAAUAGUGAGGACCCUGAAAUCCCGUGCAAUGACGACGUGAUACAGCACGGUGAUCUGGUUCCAACCUUCACAAAUCAAGAAAAGAUUAGACAAGAAAGUAUAAGAUUGAAGAACAAACAAUGUCGUGCAGAGCCUUCUAUGGGCUCCCUGAUGGUAGGACACAAAACAGUUCCAAAACGCUGUGCAAACAUCCCACUUGUUAAACCCAAUCCUUUUGACGGUACCCGUGUAACUUCAGUCUCCAAACUGGCUAACAAUAUUCUUGCAGAUGCAAACCAAUGCAGAUCAAAGAAUACAACUCCUGCCUUUGCUGCAAAUCAAGUGCUGAAAGAAGAGAUUAUGAAUGGACUUAGUGCUCCAGUUACAAUUAGUGGAGAACGCACACUCUUAUCUAAAGGGCUGGGUUCGACUAAUAGAGAUGUUUUGGAGCCCGAAGCAAACCCUUCAAAACUAUAUCAGGAUGAGUCUGAGGAAGAAUUAGAUGGUGCCGGUGAUGAUAUUCCUUAUUUUUCUGAUAUUGAAAACAUGAUGCUUGAGAUGGAUUUAAGUCCGGAUUAUGAGGAUUCAUAUCUCAGUAAAAAAGCCUCACAAUAUUGGCAUGAGGAUGCGAAGAGGAACAUUGUGAGGUUAGAACAGUGUGCACGAUCUUCCAUGCAAAGGGCCAUUGCAUCUCAAGGGGCAUUUGCCAUAUUGUACGGCCGUAAUGUGAAGCAAUAUAUUAAGGAAACUGAGGUCAUCCUUGGGAGAGCAACGGAAGACAAUGAAGUUGACAUUGACUUGAGAAAGGAAGGACGUGCAAACAAAAUAUCUAGACGGCAGGCUCUUAUAAAGAUGGAAGAAGACGGCUCCUUCUUUUUGAAGAAUAUUGGCAAGAGCUCAAUCUUUUUGAAUGGCAAAGAAGUUGCUGCAGGACACCGUCUCUGUCUUAGCUCAAGUACUUUGAUUGAGAUUAGUGGAAUGUCGUUUGUGUUUGAGAUGAAUCACAAAUCUGUUAGGCGGUAUCUGGUGAACGUUGGCAAAAAUAGCAAAGAGAAGUACGCCAAGUUCGAAUGUUCACCUGCGGGAAACCAGUGAGUAGAGAAAUGUGGCCAAAAUCUAUUCCAGUUUUCUUUCGGAACUUUUGUAUGUUUUGUACUAACCUAUUAUGAUCAUCCUUAGCUACCUGAUUAAUGUAUACGCCUCCCAGAAAUAUAUAAUGAUAUUAUGUACAGUAUUCACUUGUCAGUCUUUUGUUUAACUAGUUGAUCCUUCAGAAUGGAAGGAAAAUGUAUAUGAAAUAAGAAAGAAUAGCUAGCUUCUUCAAGA